CAUGGGCGGACUGACCAUUUGGAAACUCGGGCACUGCCCGAGGGCCCGGGGUCAGUAGGGGGCCCCAUGAGAUGCCCCUGGUACCUUUUUCAUAGGCUUUUUUGAGUUUGGGCAAGGACACAGGGGCCCCAUGAUCCCCUAUUGCCCGGGGGCCCCAUGAGUUGUCAGUCCGUCCCUGGUCACCGGUCUGCAACGAUGUACCCUGUACUUCACUGGGCUUCAAGUGGGCCUGGGGUCAGUAGGGGGCCCCAUGAGAUAUCCCUGGUACCUUUCAUAGGCUUUUUUGGUGUGGGCAAGGACACAGGGGCCCCAUGAUCCCCUAUUGCCCGGGGGCCCCAU